GCGGCGGGCGUGGAUCUUCGGCCGCCGGAGGAGCGCGGGCCGGCCGUGGAGUUUAGCGUACGCGGGCGUUCGGUUCGUCUCGCGGCCAUGAACCUGGAGCCUCUGCGGAAGCGCGUCCGGCAGUAUCUGGAUCAGCAACAGUAUCAAAGUGCUCUUUUUUGGGCAGACAAAGUAGCUUCGCUCUCUCAUGAGGAGCCCCAGGAUGUUUAUUGGUUGGCUCAGUGUCUCUACCUAACAGCGCAAUAUCACAGAGCAGCCCAUGCACUUCGGUCUCGAAAAUUAGACAAAUUGUAUGAAGCUUGUCGUUACCUUGCAGCUAGAUGCCAUUAUGCUGCAAAAGAACACCAGCAGGCUCUUGAUAUUCUUGAUAUGGAGGAACCAAUUAACAAAAGACUUUUUGAGAAAUACUUGAAGGAUGAAAGUGGCUUGAAAGACCCCUCUAAUGACUGGGAAAUGUCACCAUCCUCAAUAAAGAGUUCCAUUUGUCUUCUGCGAGGGAAGAUAUAUGAUGCUCUAGAUAACCGAACCCUAGCUACCUACAGUUAUAAAGAAGCUUUGAAGCUUGAUGUCUACUGUUUUGAAGCAUUUGAUCUUUUAACAUCACACCACAUGUUAACAGCACAAGAAGAAAAAGAACUUCUUGAGUCACUUCCUCUUAGCAAGCUUUGUACUGAAGAACAGGAAUUACUACGAUUUCUAUUUGAGAACAAGCUUAAAAAGUAUAAUAAGCCUAGUGAAACUGUCAUCCCUGAGUCUGUAAAUGGCUUGCAAGAAAAUCUGGAUAUGGUAGUGUCUUUAGCUGAGAGACACUAUUAUAAUUGUGAUUUUAAGAUGUGCUACAAACUUACUUCUGCUGUAAUGGAAAAAGAUCCUUUCCAUGCAAAUUGUUUGCCUGUACAUAUAGGGACCCUUGUGGAAUUGAAUAAGGCAAAUGAACUUUUCUAUCUUUCUCACAAACUGGUGGAUUUAUACCCUAGUAAUCCUGUGUCUUGGUUUGCAGUGGGAUGUUACUAUCUCAUGGUUGGUCAUAAAAAUGAACAUGCCAGAAGAUAUCUCAGCAAAGCUACUACACUUGAGAAGACCUAUGGGCCUGCCUGGAUAGCCUAUGGACAUUCAUUUGCUGUUGAGAGUGAGCAUGACCAAGCAAUGGCUGCUUACUUCACAGCAGCCCAGCUGAUGAAAGGGUGUCAUUUGCCAAUGCUGUAUAUUGGAUUAGAAUAUGGUUUGACCAAUAACUCCAAACUUGCUGAAAGAUUCUUUGGCCAAGCUCUGAGCAUCGCACCAGAAGACCCCUUUGUCAUACAUGAGGUGGGGGUAGUUGCAUUUCAGAAUGGCGAAUGGAAAACUGCAGAAAAAUGGUUUCUUGAUGCCUUGGAAAAAAUAAAAGCAAUUGGGAAUGAGGUAACAGUUGACAAAUGGGAACCUUUGUUGAACAAUUUGGGACAUGUCUGCAGAAAACUUAAAAAAUAUGCAGAGGCAUUGGAUUACCACCGGCAAGCAUUGGUAUUAAUUCCUCAAAAUGCAUCCACCUAUUCUGCCAUAGGAUAUAUCCAUAGCCUAAUGGGAAACUUUGAAAAUGCUGUGGACUAUUUCCACACAGCCCUUGGUCUUAGGCGAGAUGAUACCUUUUCUGUUACAAUGCUUGGUCAUUGCAUUGAAAUGUACAUUGGUGAUUCUGAAGCUUAUAUUGGAGCAGACAUUAAAGACAAAUUAAAGUGUUAUGACUUUGAUGUACAUACAAUGAAGACACUGAAAAACAUUAUUUCACCUCCGUGGGAUUUCAGAGAAUUUGAAGUAGAAAAACAGACUACAGAAGAAACAGGACUUGCACCACUGGAAAACUCCAGGAAAACUCCAGAUUCCAGACCUUCCUUGGAAGAAACCUUUGAAAUUGAAAUGAAUGAAAGUGACAUGAUGUUAGAGACAUCUAUGUCAGAUCAUAGCACGUGACCCAGGACCGGGGGCCUUGCCUUAAGAGACAGGAUCUACAGCAGGUGUGUUCUGAUUUUUGGUUAUAUGUAGCUGAAUAAAGAGGUAAACUGUCCAUUAUGUCUUUUUCUCUUCCAACCUGUAUCUAUUUUGAUAUAAUUUUGGAUUUAUAGAAAACAUGCCUUGUUUCUCCAUUAAUAUCUUUUGUUAUAAGUUGUUAUGGCUAAGAGAUUGACAUUGGUAUGUUGCUAACAAAACUCCAUUUUUCCCCAAGAUCCUUUUUUUCGUCUCACUUGAUUUUUUUUAUUAUACUUUAUUUGGUACUUUUUCUUAUGCUUCCUUGCACAUUUUUAGGUUUUUCUUGAUGGUUACCUUGUAGGGUAUAACACCUUAACCUAAGUCCAUUUAGUUUCAGUAUUGUAAAAACUUUCUGCUGCUAUUCAAAUCCCUGCCUCUACCUUUAACAUGUCAUGAUCAAAGAGGACUUCCUGUUGUGUGUACAUUGUUUGCCCUUAACAAUUAUAAUUGCUGUCUUAUCACUUGCCUUUUAAGUCUUAUAGGAAAAUAGUACAGCCGGGCACCAGUGGCUCAUGCCUGUAAUCUUACCUGCCCAGGAGGCAGAGA